AGGGGUAUACUUGAAGAGAAUUAAAGAAAGAAUGUUGGAUGAUUUCAUGCCUUUAGUGGCUAAUGUUCUACUGCAAGUAGGGUAUGCGGGUAUGAACAUCACGUCAAAGCUGGCCUUGGAAUCUGGAAUGAAACCCCUUGUUCUCGUUGCUUACCGUCAAAUCUUUGCCACCCUCGCCAUUGCUCCUUUUGCCUUCUUCUUAGAGCGCAAAACAAGACCCAAGAUCACUAUGCCUAUACUUUUCCAGAUUUUCUUAUGCUCAGUGACAGGGGCGACGGCGAACCAGGUUUUUUAUUUUGUCGGACUGAACUAUACUACUGCUACGGUUGCAUGUGCAUUGAACAAUGUACUCCCGGCAGCCACCUUUGUCCUCGCUGCUAUUUUCAGACAAGAAGCCGUGGGAAUAAAGAAGAUAUCAGGGGUGGCCAAGGUAUUAGGAACUCUAAUAUGUGUUGGUGGAGCCAUGCUGCUGUCGUUUUACCACGGACACAUCAUUGGCAUAGGCGAAUCGAAAGUCCACUGGCACUAUGCCGAUAAAAUGUCGAGCAACGACAGCUCCGGGGCUACCGGAUCGAACUCCUUCCUAGGUCCCUUCCUCGUUAUGGCCAGCGCUAUCGCUUGGGCCGUAUGGUUUAUACUCCAGGGACAAACAAGCAAGAACUUCCCAGCACCCUACACAUGCACCACUAUAAUGUGCUUCAUGGCCAGCAUCGAGUGUACAAUCGUCGGCAUAUUCUCGGAACACAAACCAUCAGCUUGGUCAUUGAGCUCCCCCAUGAGGCUUAUUGCAGCUCUUUACGCAGGAAUCAUAUGCAAUGCGGUAGCGUUUUGUGUUAUGUCAUGGUGCAUACAGAAAAGGGGUCCUCUCUAUGUAUCGGUGUUCAGCCCUUUGUUGCUCGUCAUCGUGGCUAUUCUGAGUUGGGCCCUGCUCCGUGAGCAAUUAUACGUUGGGACUGUUGUAGGGUCACUGUUGAUCGUCGGUGGACUGUACGCUGUCCUAUGGGGAAAAGAUAAAGAGAUGAAACAGAUGAAAGACGGUGAAAAGGGAGGAGAAGAGAAGGUUGGGGUCACAAAAGCUGGUGGCAUAGACAAUGACUUGGAGCUGCAGUUGCAGCCUCCGCUGAAAGGAAGCCAGCUCGGUGGUUAAGUGGUGGUUGGCCGGAAUCAGAAUGUGAACUACCUAUGAAUGUAAAAACUGCUGACUCGGCAGGGUUCUUAGUGGUUUAUUUUGGUACUUUUUGGAUGCAGUUAAAGACAUUUUAGCAUGUUUAGCUAUUAAUAAUCUCUAUCCUUUAAAAACAAGAUAGUAUUAAUAAUCUAU